AUGUGUAACCAGGGAAAACAACUGGAGGAGACAAUGCCAGCCAUGCAGAAGUAUGCCAACAUCCAUGAAGCUGUUAAAUGUGAGGACAUCAAAGAGGUGGAAGAAAUGGUGAAAUGUGGCGCUAACAUUAACGAGAUAAGCAUUAAAAACAAAUUCACUCCCCUGCACUCCGCCUGCAAUGCUGGAGCCCUUGAGUGUGUACAUUGGCUGUUAUGGCAAGGUGCAGACCCCACGAUGUGUACUCCUCAGGGCUGGACACCUGUACACAUUGCUGCCAUUCGGGGACAUGAUUUUUGCCUCCAAGCUCUGGUGAAUAAUAAUGUCUCUCUGAAUACAAGAGACAAUCGUGGCAGCACUGCACUUCACAUGGCAGCAGCACAUGGCAAUUCCUUUUGCUUGAACACAUUAAUGCGUGGUGGAGCUGAUGUAAAUGCUGUGGAUAAGAAUGGUUGGACAGCAAUGCAUGCAGCUGCUUUCCAUGGUCGGCUGGGUUGUGUCCAAACAUUGUUCAAAUGGCAGGGAAGAAUUGAUGAUACAGACAAUUAUGGCAACACUCCAGCUCAUCUGGCAGCAAUGGAAGGUCAUUUAUUGUGUAUCAAGUUUCUACUUAGUUGCAAGUCUAAUCCCAGGGACAUCUUUGGAGCCCGAAAUGAUCAUGGAGAGAUACCCAAAGACUUGGCAGAACAGUUUUAUAAGGAUGACGUAGUAAAGUACAUUGAAACUAUUGAAAAGGAAAAAGAUGGCCCAGAAAAUAUGGAAAAUCUGUCAUUCCCAGCACAUGUGGCAGCUUCAAAAGGUGAUGUGGAAUACCUGAGAAAGUUGAUAGAAAAUGGAGUUAUUAAUAUCAAUGAACGAGAUGAUAAGGGAUGUACCCCUGCACAUAAAGCUGCUGGUCAGGGUCACAGCAACAUCCUGAAAUGGUUGAUAGAAAUGGGUGCAGAUCUGAGCAUUAAGAAUGAUUUAGGAGACAUGGCAAAAGACCUUGCUGAAAGAUUUGCUCAUUUGUCCUGUGUUAAAUUACUCACUAGUGCUUGCCCGGUUAAUGAAGAAGAACUAGGAAUUGAAGAAAUCAGGCAAAGUCCUGUGGUUGAAGGAGCAUAUCUACAGAAACAAGCUAAAAGUCGUGCCAAGCAAAAGAUGAUUAAUUUGGAACAUGAUUUAGAGAUUGCUAAGAAGAAUUACAUCCAAUUGGGUGGGGUUCUUAUAGAUGAAAAGAAAAAACUGGAACAAUUGAGAGAGAAGGAUCAGCACAUAGAUGAACUUGAUGCACAGUUAGAGUAUGAGCGCCUCCGCCGUGAGAAAUUGGAAGCUCAGCUUGACCAAUAUCAACAAGAGAUGGCCUACCUCAGCUCUAAAUUGGCUCAACAUUCUGCAGCAGCAAUGGAGAGCAGUGAAUGGGUUUCAGCACCCAGCAAGCAAAGUUCAGCCCACAUGAGGACCUUGAAAAAAGGACACAGCACUGAAGGGACUUUUAUUAAAAGGAGUUUUGUUGCUGCUAAAAAGAAACCCUUGAAAGCCUCAACUGCAUGA